AAGUCUUUGCCACAGCGUCAAUACUCGUCUAUUUUUAGCAGGGCUGUCUAGGGCUGCCAUGUUGCCUGCGAGGUAAUCGUCCUUUCCUGCCCCGGAGGAGACACUGCGGCACUGAGUCACGGUCUCCGGUCUCUGCGAGGCUGUCAGGUUUACCGUGUUGCUUAAUUAGGACAUCCCGGAAGAGUCCCGGUACUGUGCGCAGCUGAGUGACGGGGGCAGGGAGGCAGGAGUUGCGGGUGAGGGGGGGCCGCGCGGCGACAGAACACAGCCACGAGCCCGUCCCGGGGAUACUGACAGACACAACAAAACAUCCCGUCAGAAAUUUACCGCGGACCAGAGGAGGGAGGUUUGUCACCAUGGAAGAUUUAAUGCAGCGGUUGGAGCGAGCCGUGACUCGCCUGGAGCAGAUGUCCGUCACCGUGCAGGCUCCUGGUGGCAUGGCUAACGGGAGCUGCGUCAACGGCAUUGAUGGAGGUCUGUCUCAGUGUGUGGAGGCCUUCGACGUGCUGCUGAGAGGUCCGGUGUCAGACUACCUGAACCACAGCCGAGCCAUAGGAAGCGAGGUGGAGAAACAUGCGGAGUUGGUGAACAAUGCCCUGCAGACUCAGAGAACUUUCCUCAAAAUGGCUGCCACACACCAGGAACCUGCACAGACGGAGCUUCAAGACCUGCUGAAGCCUAUCUCAGAUCACAUCCAGGAGAUUCAGAACUUCAGAGAGCGAAACCGCGGCAGCAGCCUCUUCAACCACCUGUCGGCCGUCAGCGAGAGCAUCCCAGCGCUGGGCUGGAUCGCUGUGAGUCAGAAGCCGGGUCCCUAUGUGAAGGAGAUGAACGAUGCUGCCACCUUCUACACCAACAGAGUGCUGAAGGACUACAAGGAAACCGACAGGCGCCACGUGGACUGGGUGCGCUCCUACCUGUCGAUCUGGACAGAGAUGCAGUCCUUCAUCAAACAGCACCACACCACCGGACUGAUGUGGAGCAAGAGUGGCCCCAUUGCUCCUCCUUCUCUCUUUGACCCCCCUGCCGCUCCCAGUGCUCCCUGUCCCCCACCUCCCCCGGGCCCACCUCCGGUCUUCACAGACGAUGACGCCCAGCCUCAGGCAGGCAGCGCAGCAGCACAGCACUCAGCGCUGUUCGCUCAGCUCAACCAGGGCAUGAAUAUCACCCAAGGUUUGAAGCAUGUAUCAGAUGACAAGAAGACCCAUAAGAAUCCAAACCUGCGCUCUCAACCAGCACAGACCAAAACCAAGUCCUCAGGGACUGUGAAGACAACGAAAGCGGCCGUCCAGAAGAAACCCCCUCUGCUGGAGCUGGAGGGGAAGAAAUGGAGGGUGGAAAACUUUGAGCAGAAACACGACCUGGUGAUUGAGGAGACGGAGCUAAAACAAGUGGUCUACGUCUUCAGUUGUAAUAACUCCACUGUGCAGAUUAAGGGCAAAAUUAACUCCAUCAUCAUCGACAACUGUAAGAAGCUGGGUCUGGUUUUUGAGAAUGUGGUUGGGAUUGUGGAGAUCAUCAACUCCAAGGCAAUUCAGUUACAGGUGUUGGGAACAGUUCCCACUAUGUCCAUCAACAAGACAGAGGGCUGUCAGGUCUACCUGAGUAAGGACUCCCUCAACUGUGACAUUGUCAGUGCCAAGAGCUCUGAGAUGAACAUCCUGAUACCUACAGGAGACGACGAUUAUAGAGAGUUUCCAGUCCCGGAGCAGUUCAAGACUGUGUGGGACGGCUCCAAACUGGUGACAGAACCCACUGAGAUCGCAGGCUGAUUUGAUGCUUCAUCAUUGUCACCACCACCACCAGCACACUAAUCAUUAUCACCACCACUAAGUAAAAAAAUAUAUAUAUGUCUUUCCGUCCCCCUGAGUAAAUUGAAUUUCAGAGAAAUUAAGGGAAAUUUCCUCAAAGGUACAGUAAAACACUGUUGGUCUGUAGCACUUUGAAGCCGUUGAUUGGAGUUAACUGUUCAAUAAAUUGAUUUCUCCUUCCUACAAAACACAAUCACCACAGAAUGAAUAAUCAAAUUAAAAUCACACCCUCUCUUACAUUUCUGUGCCAUAGCAGUAAAGGCAUUUAUGUAAGAAUAUGUAAUUGUUCAAAUGUAAGCAAUCUGAUAAGGUCUUCUCAUCAUCAAAAUUCAUGACAUAUUUUCAUAUUAUUGUUUCUGGAUUACCUUUAUUAUGACUGCACUGUUUCCACAUUCAUUGUUCUGUUUGAUUGCAUUGGAGCCAAAGCACAAAUUAGACCACAGAAGCAACAACAUUAUUUUACAUAAAGAUCUAAAGACUAUGUAAACUUACAACUUUUCAGUGGCCAAACAGACAAUAACUCAGUCAAGUGUGGGACUAUUUGGUACUUUUCUAUCUAAUGAAGUGUAUUUUAAUGACCUCUUUAAACGUGUAUAGUGCAUGGUAGUCAUGUAGUUCUGUUUAACAUAGUGAAUGAAGCUUAUGCAACAGUGUUUAGUAUAUUUUGCAUUAAUGCCAGAUGCUGUCUGUCUUGCUAGUGCAUAAUACAUGUAGCAACGAAUGAUGUUCUGCAGGAGACAUGAAAUCAUCUGAUCAAAAUAAUUAACCAAGUACUCGGCUACCAAUUUCUCGCACACCUAAAAAUACUGACAACAGUGGUAACUUUUACACUUGAGCACUUCCUAGUCUCUUUAUUUUGUACCAAGAUGUAGCACAAGGCACCAGCAUAGAGAAGAUGGUGUACACCAUUAAUGCUUUUCAAAAUGUUUAAUUUACAUGAAAACAACAUGAUGUCAUUGUGUAUCAUUUUUCAAAUAAAAUUAAAACCCUCA